AUGGAGCAAUGCCGGUGUCACGACACAGAAGGAUGUAAUUCAUGCCAGAUCUCAGAUCAUCCUCCCCGAGCCACACCCAGUCGAGAGUUUUCCACGCAAUAUAUAUCAACCCUGCCAUCCUCCCUCUUUGGCCGUCUCAUUGAUCUCCGUCAAAUCCACCACCGCAUUAACACCAUGUCGACCACCCCAGACCAGAAACACGCUGCCCCCCAAGACGAGGCCAAACCCCUCCCUACCUCGACGACCACCUCAGAAUGGGAAACAUCCCUCAUCCAAUGCUUCCCCUGCGGCCUCUUCUGGAAAGCAAUCGCCUGCCCAUGCAUUUUCUACGACCAAACAGCCCAGCGCCUCCGAGACCUUAACCUCCCUGCCGAAGAAAACAACGCCGAUUGCAAGGACUUUGCUGUGAAUAAAAUCAAAAAGAAGUACAGCAUCCCUGGCAGCGAGACAAAAGACUGUUUGGUGUCUUGCUUUUGCUGUUCGUGCGCUGUGAUGCAGCAGAAUGGGGAGUUGAGGGGACGGCAGGAAAAGGAGGGGAUUAGGGUUGGGUAUAAGAGUCAGGCGGGGAUGGUUCUGCCUGGUGGUGGGGAGCGGCGACGGGAGGGUUGGGGUGAGGUGGUGCAGUAG